CAUAUGAUGAUGAUGAUGGCAACAGCAGCAGCUAAUAAUCCAAAUGAUGAUACAUCUGAUUAUUAUUGUGAUGAAGACGAAGAUUUAAUGAGACAAUUACAGCAGCCAAUUGAUAAAGUUUCAAAUAAUAAUAAUAAUAAUACAGAUUAUUAUAUUGCAAAAUUGAAUGAAUGCCUUAAUGAAACGAAUGAAUGGUAUCGAACACAUCAACAACUACAGCAGCCAAUAAUACAAAGAUCGAAUAUCGAACAUCAACAUCAACAUCAUCAUCAUGAAUAUGUAUCAUCACCUGAAAAUGAACGAUUAAUUCCAAUCAAAUCCAUGACCAAUGGCGGGGCAAAAAUUCAACGACAACAUAGUAUAUGUCUUAAUGAUAAUGAAAUUGUUCCAAAUUUUUAUUCAUCAGAUAAUAAAAAUCAUCAUCAUCGUUCACGUAAUAUAUUGAAACAACAAGCUAUUUAUGCAUCGAUUGCAUUGAAAAAUAAUGCCAAAACAUUUGAAAUGUUUUUAUCUGAUGAUUGGCAAAAUAAUCCAAAUAAGAAUCGAAAGAAAAUGACGACGACGACGACGAAUGAUUUAAUAUCAUUAGCUGAAAAAGGUCGUAUUGGUAAACAAAUAUCAACCGAUGGUUCAGUAUCAAGUGAAACUGGUAGUACUGAAGAUGCAAUUAUUUUGGCUACAACAACAACAACAGCAGCAGCAGCAACUAAUAAUAAUAAACGUAGUUUAUUAUUAAAACGUAUGAAAACAAAUGAAUCAAGUGAAACUAAUGAUUCAAAUAACAAUGAAAAUAAAUAUCAAACAUUGAAUAAUUAUGAUCCAAAUAAUUAUGAUGAAUCGGAUACACAAUCAUCAAAUUUACAAGAUUUUUCACCAAAUACAACAUUAUCUGAAAGAAAUUUAACAACAACAUUAUCAUCAUCAUCACCGCAACAACAAAUAAUGAUGAUUAAAAGCGGUCGAUUAGAGAUAAGUUUUGCAUAUGAUGCACCAAGCAAAAAACUUUAUGUCAUUGUCAUUCAAGGUGAUGAAAUAGCAUAUAAAGACCAACAACAACAACAACACAGUAAUGUUUGUCAGAUUUAUGUGAAAAUCAUACUGUUACCGCAUAAAAAGCAAAAAUUUCGUACAAAAUCCAAGCCAAUAUUUUGUCCAGUAUUCGAUGAAACAUUUACAUUUAAUCGAAUCAAUCCGGAUGAGAUUUCAAAUUUAGGUUUACGUUUUCGGGUGUUUAGUGUUGGUUUCACUAGGAAAACCUAUUUGAUUGGUGAAAGCCGUAUAUCAUUUGCAUGUAUAAAACCACAACAACAAGAGACAAAAUUAUGGUUUACAUUGGAGCUUCCUGCAACGAAAAGAAAUCGGUUAUUAGAUUUGGAAUCAUCAAGUCUUGCACGUACAGAUAGUACAUCAUCACAAUCAUUGCAGAAUAGUUCGCCAGAACUUUUAUUAAGUCUCGCUUAUAAUGGUACAACCGGUAGAUUAAGUGUGACAAUGAUCAAAGGAAGUCAAUUUCGUAGCCUAUCUACACGUACACCGGAUACAUAUAUAAAAUUAUUACUUGUAUCACAAAAUGGUAAUGAAAUGGCACGUGGUAAAACACGUGUAUGCCGCGGGCAACCAAAUCCAUUGUUUCGGGAAACAUUUGUUUUUCAAGUGGCAUUAUUUCAAUUACCAGAUGUAACAUUGAUGAUUUUCGUCUAUAAUAAACGUAGCAUAAAACGUAAAGAAAUGAUUGGUUGGAUAUCAUUGGGCUAUAAUAGUAGCGGUGAUGAAGAAUUAUCACAUUGGAAUGAUAUGCGUGAUAAUAAAGGUGAACAAGUUUCUAGAUGGCAUGUACUUCAUGAACCUUGAAACAUCAUCAAGUUACAGACGAAUAAUCGAUUGGAAAAAAUUGGAAAAAAAUCAUAUCCGAAAACACGUGCGU